AUGGGCGCACGACGGUGUGGAGACUCCCAAACAGUCUGCGACGCUGCCAGAAAAUCUCCCAGACCGGCGAGGCACCCGCAGGAGACUCCUAGACAGUCUUCGACGGUGCCAGGACCGUUUGGGCAGCCGCAGGAGACUCCCAGGCGGUGCCAGGAGUCUCCGAGAUCGUCAGGGCACCUUCGGGAGAAUCCCAGACAGUCUGUGACGGUGCGAAGACCUUCAGGUGCCCAGACGAUCUUGGCAGGCAUUUUAGAAGCCUUUGACAAAUGUGAUGUUUCCAAGGCUCGAGAAAGAAUUAAAACAGACCUCAAUUUGUGGAAAGACUGUAAAAUCAAAAUUGCAGUGAUUGGUGGAUCCGGCACUGGCAAGUCAUCAUUUAUCAAUGCUUUGCUAGGUUUUCAUCCCACUCACGAAAAUGCAGCUAAAGUUGGAGCUACCGAAACCACAAUGCGCAUGGAAAAGUUUAUAAACCCAAAAUAUCCUAAUCUUGAAUUUUGGGACCUUCCGGGUGUUGGAACUGCCAACUUUCCGAAAGAGACAUACUUGAAAACUAUUGAAUUUGAGCGAUAUGACUUUUAUAUUUAA